GGUUGGAGGUUCACAUCUAAUGGUGUCAAAAGCAUCAGCUAUCAGUCCUGUACCUGCAGCAGAGGAGGAGAAGCAAGGCUUGGGUAACCACUACCCAGCCGUGCCCAAGGAGAACCAUGGCCCAAAGUCCAGCCUGCCACCACCCCCUCCACUAAGACGAUCUUCGGACACCUGUGGCAGCCCCGCCUUACCACCCAAGUCCAAGGGCCCCAGCAACUCCUCUUUCCCCGCCCCGCCCGAGGACUUCCUGCCGCCCCCGCCGCCUCCGCCCGAGGAAGACAGCGACAGCGAGUUACCCCCACCACCACCGGGCUUCCUGGAGGAGCCACCGGACUUCAUUCCACCGCCCCCACCGGCUGCGGCUGUUGAAGGCUCUGCAUUGCCACCACCGCCACCACCCCCGCCCUGUGUCCCCCAGGAGACGACCAAGUCAUCUCCAAUGCCCCCCAAAAAGCCCCCAAUGCCCCCCAAGAGGCAGGAGAACCAAGGACUCCCCGGUGCAUCAGGGAGCGGCGAGCAAGAUUUCAUGUCGGACCUCAUGAAAGCUUUGCAAAAGAAAAGAGGCAACAUGCCCUAGGGAUAUCUGUUAGCGCCUGGGGUCAUUUCUAGCUCCAUCCAUGUUUUGGUCCUCUAUUGCCGUGGCAUCUUGAUCAUUUUAGUAAAAUGUUUUCCGACUAAAAAUCAUACAAAACUCUUCACUGUUGUAAAUACUAUGUUCGCAUCCAUUAAAGUAGCGGGGAUUUCAGACUAACUGUACACAUCCAAGCACACACGCACAUCCUGUGUGCCUCCACCUGAGUGGGUUUCAUCUUGCAGUCCAGGCUCACUGGACUAGGUUCGUUUGAUUGUAUUCA